CCUUAGACUUCACAGCCUGGCCCCUCCUAUCCUAUUCAGUUCCUCGAUGCGGUUGAUUCGUAAACGAAACAUAACGGAAGUUGGGACAUCAAGGGAGCAACGUAUACGUAGGACCUAAAGACAAGGGACUACGACCGAUUUGUUGAAAAUGCCUGUGGCACUUCACUGGCUCCUGCCCUUGUCCAUUUUGCUUGGGGUGUGGUCAGUACCCAUUGACCAUAACGUCAAGCAGCAGGAAGCUGUACCUCCCCAGGAGCCAAAACAGGAAGAAAGUGUGGACACAGGUCUGUACUAUGACAGGUACUUGAGGGAGGUCAUUGAGGUGCUGGAGACAGACCCUCACUUCAGAGAGAAGCUACAGUCUGCCAACACUGAAGAUAUCAAGAAUGGUCGUCUCAGUAAAGAGUUGGACCUGGUGGGACACAACGUCAGGACCCGUCUGGAUGAGCUAAAGCGACAAGAGGUGUCCAGACUCAGGAUGCUGUUGAAGGCCAAGAUGGACAGUACCAACUCACACAACAUGCAGAUGGACCAUGCGUCACUGCUAAAGCAGUUUGAGCACCUGGACCCCCACAACCAGAACACCUUUGAGGCCAAAGACUUGGAGCUCCUCAUCUCCACGGCGACCAAGGACCUGGAGAGCUAUGACGCAGAGCGUCACGAGGAGUUCAAGCGCUACGAGAUGCUGAAGGAGCACGAGAGGAGGGAGUACCUGAAGAGCCUGGAUGAGGAGAAGAGGGAAAAGGAGGAGAAGAGGCUGGAGGAGUUAAAGGAGAAGCACAGGCAGCACCCCAAAGUCAAUGCUCCGGGUAGCGUGGCUCAACUCAGAGAAGUGUGGGAGGAGACCGAUGGCCUUGACCCUCAGGAGUUCAACCCCAAAACCUUCUUUAAACUACAUGAUACCAAUGGAGAUGGAGUUUUGGAUGAGCAAGAACUGGAGGCUUUGUUCACUAAAGAGCUGGAGAAGGUGUAUGACCCGAGGAAUGAAGAGGACGAUAUGAUGGAGAUGGAGGAAGAGAGGCUGAGGAUGAGAGAACACGUCAUGCAGAAUGUGGAUGCCAAUCACGAUCGUCUCGUCACCCUGGAGGAGUUUCUGAAAUCAACAGAGAAGAAGGAGUUCAACAAUCCUAAAGAAUGGGAGACACUGGACAACACAAAGCCGGUAUACUCCGAGGCAGAGCUUCAGAAGUUUGAGGCCGAGCUCCGGGAGAAGGAGUUGGAGCUGGGCAGGAGGGCCGCGUCUCUGCGGCACCAGCAGGAGCUGCUGAAGGAGCGGGGAAAGGCCCUGGAGGCGGAGAGGAAAGAGUACCAGCAGGCAGUAAUGGAGAUGUCCCAGAGACAGAAAGACACUCAGGCACAGGCAGCGGAAGGGCAGCCCCCUACAGGUCCGAAUAAUGAGCUACAAUUUCAGGAAGGACUGAAGAAACUAGAAGAAGGUGCCAACCCACCCCUUCCCCAGGAUGUUGGCGGAGAGGCCAAGAACAACCUACCGGUGGAGCCGCCCCAGAAUCUUCCCCUGCACACCCUUUAACAGCACCCCGCCCCCCUGAGCACACACCGUCACACUCAAACCAUCUGUCCUCAGCUUCACUGCCCCCAAAGAGCGCCCUGCCGUCCUCUUCCUCUCCGCGAGCCCGCACCUGGCCGUUCCCGUUGAGCCCGGCAGCUCGGUGCCAGCCGCAGCAGCUCCCUGGAGGCAGAGAAGAGUUCAUCACCAUUUUCAACCAGUUUGAAAACGUGGAUGGGCGUAAAACCGGGAGGACUGAGAAGAUGUUAUUUCUUCCCCUGACGUAGUCGUAGAUUCCGUCUCUGGCAUCUGUAGUCAGGGUUCGCCACUAUUAGCAGUUUCUAAUGAGCCAUUACGCUGAAAUCAUGCUCGUGAAAUCAUGCCAAGUGGCUAUGUUGAAGUAUUUGUGGAAUAAAGUCAAUGUGCACAUUAUUAUUAUUGUAAUGAUAGUCUGCGUCAGAUGCUAACAUUUGAUUAUCUGUGGAUGCAGGUGAAACUGUGCUGUAUUUAAUGAGGUAAAUGGUGUUGAUAAUUGUAAUGUUUUGCAUUAAGUUCCUAUUUCCAUGCGCACUCUGUUCUGAUGCUGCUUUUUUAGAAUGUUUCUUUAUUUUACUGUCCCAUCUGCUACCAUCCUCAAAAUUGAAUUCCCUCUUUCGUGUUCUCUUCUUCUCUUAUUCACACAAACAGUUGGUUAUUUCUGGAGUUGUCUUUCAGUUCUAAUAAAGAGCUCAAUUUAAUUAGAUAA